UCAACUUCAUACUUACCUGGAACUCCCGGAGGACAACCAAUGACUCCUGGAACUGGCCUCGAUGUCAUGUCUCCUGUUAUAGGUGGAGAUGCUGAAGCAUGGUUCAUGCCUGAUAUUUUGGUUGACAUACACAAGGUUGGAGAAGACAGCGAUCUGGGGGUCAUUCGAGAUGUUUCGGAUGGAACGUGUAAAGUGUCUCUGGGGUCCAGCGGUGAAGGUGACACUAUAAUGGCCCUUCCGAGCGAACUGGAGAUAGUUCCUCCGAGGAAGAAUGAUCGUGUAAAGAUUGUUGGCGGCCAGUUUCGUGGGUCUAUCGGUACGCUUAUUGGAAUCGACGGGUCAGAUGGUAUCGUUAAGAUUGAGGAGAAUCUUGACGUCAAGAUUCUGGACCUGGCCAUAUUAGCCAAGUUUGUUCAGCCGUGA